CAAGCCCCCCCCAACAACUACCCUCGAUGUAACCGCGGUUCAGAAGCUCAUUUAUACUGGUGGCGGGGACAGACCGGAGCGCCAUUUCUGUUGACUGUAAAUAACAUAGAUAUACGGCGUGUCCCCUGCUGAGAUCCUGAACAGCUGAUAUAGGCUGGAUUUCAUCUUGUGCACGCCGAAACGUUAUUUGUUAAAAGGGUCCCACAUGGUCCGCAGGUUGUGUUGUUUGUUGAUAUCGACUCCACUUUGAGCCGUCAGCAGCACGUCCGGACAAACCAGAAAACAUGGAGAACGUACUGCUGAAUGAGAAUGAUGAUGUUGAGACCCACGAGGAGGCUUCCCAUGAGACAAACGCUGCACAAGAACCAAACGAUGAGCCUGCAGUGGCAUUAGCUUCAGAACAAGGGCAAGAGCGGCCGACUGAAAAGUUGUUGGAUUUAACCCCCAGCUCUGGGGGGCGACUAAGAAGGAAAAAUCCCAAAUAUUUAGACUACGAAAAAGAGCUCUGCAAGAAACAACCCAGAAAAACUCCUGUCAAAAAGAGUUCACAGAACGGGGAAACACCAGGAAAAACCCCAGCAAAGAGGGGUCGACCAAAGAAAGUUGCAGCACCUGAAGCAGAUCAGGACCAAGAGGAAAUCAACACACCGCCCCAUAAAUCAGAGAAAGCACCCAAAAAACGCCGUGUGGGCAAGAAGACUCGAAUAAAGAAAACUGCAAAAAAAUCUCCUGCCAAAGGAGAUGGUAAGUUAACAGUGGAGAUUGGUUGUGUAGAGUCAGAGCAGCAAGAAACGGAGCCAAAGAAGCCCAAGAGAAAGUAUGUGAAGAAGCAGGUGGUACAGAAAGAGGCACCAGCUGAAAGUACAGCCGUUCAGGAGGACCAAGAAGAUACCCCCAUUGCAACUGAAGUUGAGACUACUCCUGGUGGCCGUCCUAGGAGAAGUGCCGCUAAAGCGGCAAUUAAGUACCUUCAAUCCUUGGCAAAAGAGGCACAUGAUGCACAUGGCCAUCUUAACAGUUCAGGAUCACAGCCGGAUUCCAGCAAUGAGAGCCCAAGCCCAGAUCCACCGCCAGCCUCAGGACAGAAAAGUCCAAAAGCUGUUAAAGCAAGAGGUAGGAGAAAAAAGAAAAAGCAUCCUGGCUUUGAAAGUGAUAAUCUUGCAGAAGAUGAGGACUUUGUUCCAGAUGACGAAGAGCAGGUUGGGGAGGAGAUGGAGGAAGAAGAGGAACGGGAGUCAGAAUGGGAAUCAGACCCUGAGCACCCCACUGGAAGAAAUGCAGCAGCAGCUUCAUACGUGAACAGGAGCAUUCAAGGAUAUGUGAAACACUAUGGAAAAGCUGCAAAUGGACUGCCUAACUACAUCAUGAGAGUUGCAAUAGAUUCAGCUAAAUGCAACAAGAAAUUCCGAGAGGAGCACUGCAGUAGCUGGGUGUUCCCAGAAUGGAUCCCCUCUGUGAAACACUGGCACAUCGUACAAGAAAGUGACAGAGAGAGGUACUUGCCUCAAGAGCUGCGGUCUGCUGGUUUCAAGGUUUUCAGAGAAGGACUCUGCAAAAAGGAGGCGACACCUAUGCAAAGACUCAGCAGGUUUGAGAGCUUGCCUGCACAUCCAGAGCGUUGGGACAUGUUCAUGUUUGCUGGUGGGCCGGUCUGGGCCAUGGAGUGGUGCCCGACACCAGACGGCAUCACAGCCGAUCAAUAUGUAGCUCUGGCCUGCCACCAAAGGAUGGACGACCAGCAUUUUGCCAACAGGAUAUAUGCGGGGCCUGGCCUCAUUCAACUGUGGGACCUAGGCAGACUGGAGUAUGACAUCAGACCGGAGACACCCCCGUCCCUCUCUUACUGCUUGGCCCAGAACAAAGGCUUUGUCUGGCAACUCAAGUGGUGCCCGGCAGGAGCAUGGGAGCUACCGACUUGUGAAAGAAAGGUACCUUUCCUGCCCAGACUGGGUCUCCUUGCAGCAGCCACCUCCACCGGUGUGGUCACCAUUUACAGCAUGCCCCACCCUGAUGUACUGAACAGCAGCAAGAUGGUCCCUGAUUCCGGAGAACUCACCCAAGGUCCACCCAUAUACAAGGCUGAAGGAGUGAUAACGCUGAAGCUGGGUUCUCUCAAAUCCCCUCGCCCUGACAAGAGUGGACAGGUCCUGUCUAUGGACUGGGUAUUUGACAAACCACACAAUAUAAUGGCUGUUGGCUUCUAUGAUGGCUUAGUAGGCCUAUGGGACCUGUCCAGCAGGUCUGCAAUGCUGUGUGUGCAUGAGCCAGACAACUCCAUAACACUAUUUCCCUACCGCUGCUUCUUCGCCCAUGAUAAUGCUGUCCGUGCACUUGCCUUCUGCCCCGCCUCCAGAUACCUGCUGGUGACAGCUGGAGAUGACCGCUUGGUGAAGACAUGGGACCUGAAGAGGCUCUACGAGCCAAACACUGUCCAGAAACGCAACCUGACCACCGAGGUCUACUGGCCCUUAAAUUCACCUGGCAUCUUUCUGUCCCAAGAGAGCACCUACUCAACGUAUCGCCAACAAGGUGUCCAUUACUACGACCUGGGCUACUACAACAUCCGCUCACUCUUUGUGAUUCCCAGGACCUCCACCAUGUGGUCAAUAUCCUUCACCGAUUGGUUGAAUGGCUUGGUGACAUCAGAUACCCUUGGUGAGGUGAUCUUUGCCCUGCCUCCAGAACUGGCCACACACACCCAAACCUUCAGACGGGUUGUCGAGAGACGCUUUGUAUAUUCAAUGGAGAAAAAAACCCCCAAAUAUUUGCUCACACAAUCUGAACUUUGGCCAAGGGAUGCUAAUAACCAUGUUCCUCUGCAGCCGGUCUUCUUCACAGACAUGGUGCCUUACGAAACAAAUACCACAGAAGAAGAAAGCUGUGACGUUGAGGAUGUGGAGGAGAUGGGGACCACUGGGGAACAGGAGAAUGUAAGAAAGACAGAAGGAGCGCAUGCCGGAGCUGAGGGGGAGAGGGAGAGUCACAACACCCCAGGCGAAGUCACCGUACAAGGAGAAGAAGAGAAUGCCAGUCCUAGUAUUGACGUAUUUCUCCAGAGCCCUCAGACAUACAAGGAGGCUGCAAAGAAGUACUACCUCCACUACACUGACAGUGAUAUGCUGACCUUCAACAAUUACCUGAAGCGAGCACCAUGGAAGCGGAUGUGUAACACAGAGGUGAAUUCCAAGAGUGACUUGGACCUCAUGCCACUGGCUGCACUUCAUAAGGUGCGUUUCAACCCCAACAUGAGCAGUCACACCUGGGUCGUGUCUGCAGGCCAGGCGGGGCUGGUCCGAGUACACUGCUUAAAGAGCAUGAACAAUUCUGACAUCCAGAAGAUGAUCGACGAGAACAAAGCACAGUACAAUGCACAGUACCUACCAGAGGAUACAGUAGUGAAGAUCGAGCUGACAUCCAGUCCACAAGCCGUUCAUUCCACAACAGAGCAGCAAUAGCAGGAACUCAGAUGUCGCACCUUCACAAUAAAAGGACAGCUCUACGUUCACAUGUCAAACUUGAACCAGAUGGUGGCAAGAACGCCAUUGUCAGAUGAAAAGCUCUAUCCCAGAAAGAGGAAAAGAGUGUUGUAUCCUCAUCAGCAACUGUUACGGCUGUUAAACAUUUGAGUGAAAACAGGGUUCGAGAGCCUUUCAUGAGGUCAUGGAAGUCAUUGAACACGUUCAAAACUGUCAGUCGAGAAAGUAACUUGAAUAUUUGCUGGAUGCUUUUCCGCAACAGCAUCUACAAAUUGCCUAUAUCUAAAGCCGUCUUCCAGAAGAACAGUCCAUGUUUUGAGGUGCUUUUCCUGUGAUUUUUCCCUCUUCGGAGCAAAUGAUGCAGUUGAAAAAGGCGACUGGGAAAGCUCAAAGGACCGAAGACAGUAAUACCUCAAGGGUUUCCCCAGGCUGUAAAAUGCGUCAUGUUCUCAGUGACUUUACGGUUGACCAUCACUGAACGUUAUGAAGAAAUAUCUUAUUUUUCUCUAUUCCACUCUGGAAGAAAAUAACCAACAACGUUUAUGGUGACAAGAUUUUUAUGGAGAAACCUGGUCCCACAACUUGAUUUGGAAAAUUACAAAUAUGAAGGAUUGGCCUGAUUAAAUCAAGCUUAACCCUUCAGCGAAUUUGAUUAAAUUCAGUUACAAGUGUAUGUUGGUUUUAGCCAGUUAUUUUUGCAAAACUUUGCUUCUAUGUCAACAGGUUGUUGGACUGCAGUGGAUGCAGAUUGCUGUUGUUAGAUAGUUUCAUACUGAGAUUGCUGACUACACAGUGCUUCAGAUUUUAUUGCAUACAAUUUUAUCAUGGUUUUAUAUUUAAGAUGGAGCUACCCUUGCUGCUAUACUCAUAUGUAUGUGUGGGUUUUAUUUUUUUUUUUUGUUUUUAUUUGUUUUAUAUAGGAAAAAAAACUCAGGGUAUUUCUGAGCGUAAAUACUUGAAAAUGUUGCUGUAAUAAUGUUUGAUUCAAUUUCAAAUGUGAAAAAUCUUCAACAUUGCCCCCCCCCCCAUGUUUUCUUCCAUUAACUUUCAUUGUUCUUCUGAUGAUUCCAUGGGAACAGGCUUUAAGGCUGCACAGUAACCUGGCCUUUUUUUUUCUAAUAUAUCAUAACCUGAUAUUAAAAAUGUGGUUCAGCCUUUUCUACUGAAUUUCAUUUUGCAGUGCCUAAAGAAAUGUUUUUAAAAAUGAGGGUUGAGGAUGUCUGGGUGUUAUAACUGUCUAUUCCGUUGCCUACCAACAAGGGGAUCACCGGUUCGA